GAUGGCGCUGUUUAAUCAAAAUUUGUGUUUUUUGCUUAAAUUUCUUCAAAUUGUUUACUUAAAACACGUUUUCAGUCAAUAUCCGUGAAUGUUUCCACUAAAAUCUUGAAACAAACUGUUUAACCUUAUUUUAUCACCGUUUUAAUAACAAAUAUUGUUUAAAAAUGCAUCAGAAUAAUGCACUUAGCUCAAGUCUCAGAAAUCCACGAAAUAAAAACCUAAUCUGCAACGUGUUGAGCACAACAACAAAAUGUCGCAAGAAUUUACCGCAAAUUUUGGCAGUUUGCGUCAAGAACGUGAUGCUAAUCGGAUUUGGAAUGACAUUAGGUUUUCCAACGGUGUUAAUCGGAGGGCUGGAAGACUCCAAAGUGGAUUUUCAAAUGACUCACGAACAGUUAUCAUGGAUCGGAGCCAUUAACUUAAUAUUUGUACCUCUGGGUUGUCUGGUAUCAGGACCGUACUGUGAUAAAUUCGGAAGAAAGAAAGCAAUGCAAAUGGCGAAUAUUCCAUUAGCGUUAGUUUGGUUAUUAUUUCGAUAUUCCAGUUCACCAUGGCAUCUUUAUCUUGCAUUAUCAGUGAUUGGCAUAUUAUUAGGCCUCAUUGAAGCACCAGUUGUAACUUAUGUUUCUGAAGUAACAACACCCAACCUACGAGGAAUCUUAUUUUCUACAAGCACAUUAUUCACAAUUUUAGGCACAUUAUGCUCAUUUUUCUUGGGCAGCAUCUACUAUUGGCGCUCUGUCGCCCAAAUCGCAUUCCUCGUACCGCUUAUAUCAAUAAACCUGCUUUUCCUCAUCCCGGAAUCCCCGCAUUGGUUAAUCAAAAUGAAUCGUUUCGAUGACGCUCAGAAAUCGCUAGCUUGGUUGCGAGGUUGGGUCACAAAGGAAGACAUACAUCAAGAGUAUGCAACCCUGAAUGCAUUCAUACAUAACAAUCCUACUUCUGAGUCCAAACCAACGAGUUGUUUCAACUACACAUCACCCAGCUUCUUGAAACCUUACUUUUUGAUAAGUGUAGUGUUUUUCCUGCGUCAUUUUUCGGGUAUAACCAAUAUUCAAACCUAUGCGGUUGAAAUCUUUCAACAUCUUCAUGCACCGAUGGAUAAAUACAAUGCUACCACCUUCAUGGGAGUUUUUGAACUACUCGGAUGUAUUACUUGUGUUUGCCUGAUCAGAAGAUUGGGAAAACGCAAGUUGACCUUCUUUACAAUGGGGUGCAGCAUCAUAGCCCUUAGUACUAUACCUAUUUAUAGUUAUGGAUCACUAGGAAAAGACCGGAAUUGGAUCCCGAUGAGUGGUUUAUUUGCGUAUUGCUUCUUUCAACAUUGUUCUCUGCGUACUUUACCAUGGAUAUUGAUUGGUGAAGUUUACACACCACAGACUAGAUCAAUCGCUUCGGGAAUAUCCGCUGCUACAGGUUACUUCUUUGGAUUUUUCGCAAACAAAUUGUUUUAUGGUUUAGUCAAUGAGUUAACUCUUAAUGGCGUGUUUAUAAUGUACAUGUUAGUUUUGUUUUUCGGCGGGUGUGUGCUGUAUGUGAUUAUGCCGGAAACAGAGGGUAAAAGUUUGGAGGAGAUUUGUGAAUAUUUUGCGAAUUCACGCAAUGAUAAAAAUUCUGUAGAUGGGGAAAGAAUUGAGCGAAAUAAUAAUAACAAUAAAGAGAUUAAAGAAUACAAGGGAAGUCAUAAAGAUUUAUAUGCAACAAAUAAGGAAACAGUUGAUAGUGAUAAGGAUAAUGAUGAUAAUAUUACAUAUAAUAAAGUAAAAGCAAGGAGAACUGAUUCCAGUGAUGAUUAUAUACAAAGUUUGAAUCGUUUGGCUGCUAAUGAUUCAGGACCAAGUUAUAAACGUUUCGAGAGUUUAAAUUUAAACGAUAUUUAA